AUGGAGAAGUCGGGCCAACAUUUGCACGUUGAAGGUGCCCCUUCUAGUUCACAGGGUAUGGAAUCUGGACAAUCAGACUUCUAUCUGGAGGAUCGUAUCGCACAUCUGUCUGAGGAACACCGCCAAUAUCUUCUCGCUCGACAUGGAACCCUUGAUUUGGAUCCUCUCCCGGACAUGAACGAUGCAGAUCCUUAUAAUUGGCCUCGAUGGAGGAAAAACCUGAACCUUACCCUCGUCGCCUUUCACGCCAUGAUGGCCACCUUCACGGCCGCCGCAAUCCAAUGCGCAUUUGAGAACAUUUCCGAAGAUCUGGGCGUCAGCAUGCAGCGAACUAGCUACCUGGUCUCUCUUUUCAUCGCUAUACUGGGUGGCGCACCUUUGUUCUGGCGUCCCCUCUGCAAUAGAUUUGGGCGCCGACCGAUCUUCCUGAUUUCCUUGAUCUGCAGCUUGAUUGGCAAUAUCGGCUGUGCGAAGAGUCCUUCGUAUGCUACGAUGGGUCUCUGUCGUGCUAUCACAUCGUUCUUUAUUAGUCCAGCUGCGGCGAUUGGUAGCGCUGUAGUUGCUGAGACCUUCUUCCGCAAGGAUCGCGCUCGUUGCAUGGGUGCUUGGACACUAAUGGUGACGCUUGGUGUCCCUGCUGCUCCGUUCAUUUUUGGAUUCGUUGCACAGCGUGUCGGAUACCGGUGGAUUUACUAUACCCUGGCAAUUGUUAACGCAAUUCAAUUUAUCAUCUACCUCACCCUUGGUCCUGAGUCCCUCUACGUUCGCAGCGAGAUCCCCCGUAACAAUAUUACAAAUACUAAGCAAGGCCUGUUCAAGUUUGGUCGCAUCGACCCUGCUCCCCUCAGAUUAUGGGACUUCAUUCAGCCCUUGAGUUACGUGAUGAAGCCAUGCGUGAUCAUUCCCGCAGCUGCAUACGCCAUGAUCUUCCUCUGGGGAAGUGUAAUGCUCACGAUCGAGAUUCCACAAAUCUACCCCGCCAAGUUCGGCCUGAACACUCAGCAAAUUGGUCUACAAUUCUUGGGUAUCAUUGUUGGAUCCGUGAUUGGUGAACAAAUUGGUGGUUUCAUCUCUGAUCGUUGGAUGCUGAUGCGCCAGAAACGUGCUGGUGAGCCCCCGGCCCCGGAGUACCGACUUUGGCUUAGCUAUAUUGGUCAUGCCUUAACCAUCUGCGGUAUUGUGGUUUUUGCUAUCCAACUUCGCGAUUCUGGGAGUACGUGGAACAUCACUCCGGUGAUUGGGUCUGCUAUCGCUGCUGGUGGUAAUCAGAUUGUUACUACCGUUUAUAUCACUUAUGCUGUUGAUUGCUAUCGCGAGGAUGCCGCGAGUGUGGGUGUUUUCAUCACUUUCGUCCGUCAAAUGUGGGGAUUCAUUGGUCCUUUCUGGUUCCCACAAAUGUUUGAAGUUGUCGGCUGGGCUGGCGGUGCUGGUAUUGCCAUUGCACUUAUGGUUGGUGUUAGUGUUCUUCCGACAAUUUUGGUACAGUGGCGAGGCGCUCGUUGGCGUUAA